UUCGCUUUAUAUUAAGGCGCCUGCUAUCACUGUAGACAGUGUGUAGGGACAUGCAAACCCAGUGAGGAUACAUUUAAUUGUGAGGCAGUUUGCCAACAUGACUGCCCUAGGAUAUAUCUUUACCAUCGUUGUGGUUUUGGCCCUUGUAGGGUCCGCAUUUUCAGCGGCCGGUGACUUGGAAGGGACGUGUGUUAAUGAUGCAGCGUGUACAGGGACCCCAAAUGCGGGAAAGUGCACUGAUACGAACACUGAUGGGACCGUUGAUACAUGCAAGUGUAGUACAGGGUACUUAGCAAACACUGGCAACACAGCUUGUAUAGCUAAUGGUGCCUUGGGUGGAACGUGUGCAACAGCCGCCGAUUGCACGGGUACCGCGAACGCUGAUGCUUGCACGACCCUCAAAUGCGCGUGUAAAACCGGCUAUACUGCAAACACCGCUGGAACAGCCUGUAUUGCUAAUGGUGCCUUGGGUGGAACGUGUGCAACAGCCGCCGAUUGCACGGGGACCACGAACGCUGAUGCUUGCACGACCCUAAAGUGCGCGUGUAAAACCGGCUAUUCUGCAAACACCGCUGGAACAGCGUGUAUAGCUAAUGGUGCAUUGGGUGGAACGUGUGCAACAGCCGCCGAUUGCACGGGUACCGCGAACGCUGAUGCUUGCACGACCCUCAAAUGCGCGUGUAAAACUGGCUAUACUGCAAACACCGCUGGAACAGCGUGUAUUGCUAAUGGUGCCUUGGGUGGAACGUGCGCAACAGCCGCCGAUUGCACGGGGACAACGAACGCUGAUGCUUGCACGACCCUCAAGUGCGCGUGUAAAACCGGCUAUACUGCAAACACCGAAGGGACAGUCUGUAUAGUUGACGGUGCCCUCGGAGGAAAGUGCACCGUAUCAAGCGACUGUUCCAAGACAACUAAUGCCAACACCUGCACUUCCGCCAAAUGUGUGUGCGACACAGGAUUCUCCGCGAAACCAUCUCAAACUGAAUGUUUGGCCGGAAAUACAGGUUCCGUUUCCAUGACAUCGACAUGGAUACUUGUAAUCGCCUAUGUGCCUGUAGCUAUAUAUCUAUAGAGUACGCACAUGCUCUUGCGAACAAGUAAAUGUGGAAAGGUCCAUAUGGACAAAAGGCGAGAAGUUAUUUGUGCUGUAACUGUAUGCAGAUUUUUAUUUGUGUGUGUUUAAAAAAUCCACGGUGAUGCUGCCUUUUACAUAUUACCAUUCUUAGAGGAUAUAUUGUAAUUGGGUAGAAAUGAAUCGUGGUGGGCUUCUUUGUAUAUAUUUCAACACAAACAACAUGUUAUUACAUUCAAAAACGCAAACAAUACACGUUUAAUCGACGAGUUCAUGAUGAUUGCAAAUUUUAAAGAACAAUUUUGUCUUUAUAGAUCCAGCCAAAUCACAAACAUAAACUAAAAUGUACUGAUUAUAUAUAACAUAUAUAUUAGAAAUAAAGAAACAACUUUC